AUGACGUUGAAUGACGAGAGCAGUACCCAUAGGAAAAACGUCAAUUCGGUUGCUCGCGACCGGAUUUGGCAACUCGAUAAUCACCUACGACAGCUGCACACCGACCUCUACGCGCGCAUACACUCAAAAGAUUUAUCGCGGCAGUUUUUCACAACAAAUUCAGUCAGUUGCCAAGAAUGGCUGUCACGAACCUAUCCAUUCGCAAUGAUUGUCGCAUAUCACAACGGCUAUUACGCACAAGUUAUCCGCUUCGGUACAUCCGCACUAGCUGAUCUUGAAAAGAAGCAACUGAAAGCAGAAAGUGGACUAGCUGAAGGUGAAGCACCUCCACCAGUGUCUGGCCAGUCCAUGGCAAUUUUGUGCUGGAUGGCAAGAGCUAUGGCUGAGUUGGGUGUGGAGCAAGCUGUUCACGGUUUAUCGGCAUGGACUCGACGCGUCUACCACACCGAAAUGCCAUUUUUAGCUGCUAUAGCCGAGAUCGCGGCUGCGAGGUAUGAACGAUCUCUGGUUCUACUUCGGCAGUGCAUUGAAGACGAGACUCUGUCAGAAACCUUUCGAGGAAUGCUCAGAGAUAUUUUGUCCAGCGAAUUUUCGCUUUGGAACGAGGCUGAGAAGUUAGAAGGACAAACGCCGACAGGAAUGGAUGCGGAGACGUUUGCGAGGUUGAAACAGUUGUCCAUGUUUGGAAAGGUGGAGGCGGCUGAACCAUCGCCCGGAGUUUUGUGGAACGUGUGGAUGCAAGCCAUCCCUGGAUGUGUUCUGCGCAAGAUGGGCAGAAAGGGCCAGCUCGACUCUGAAGUUAAUGCGGCGGUUCUAUCAGACUUAGCGGCGUCGUUCCUUGUAGAAAACGGUGAAACGUACGAUGCUGGCUCAAGCCCGGCCCAUUUGCAUUUGCCAUUGGCUAAGUUGGCUAGAAAGACAGGCAAUCCGAUGUUAGCCGGUGUUCAUCUUCACAAGGCCAGCAACAAUCCAGUGCUUAUCAACAACAGUCCAGUACUGAACAGCUUGAAGGUGUUGCCAGUACAAGGAACAAAAAGAUGUGGGAGAUUGCCUCGCCGGAACAACGUGCCCGAAGUUUUCGUUACUGUAUUUGCGACACUUCAAGGCGGUUAUGAGAUGAUGUGCCACUCGUAUCAAGUUCUCGCUGCCAACGUGAAUAUG